CAUCGUCAUCUCCAAAAUUCAGACGAGAAGAUGGACGCAGCAGACAUGUGGGCGUCGCUGCCGCUCGACCUACUUGUCGAGGUCCUACGCCGCUUUGGGCGCCACCGCCGUCGUCCGAUGCGCCGGCGCCUGCCGGCCGUGGCGGCGCGCCGUCAUCAGCAGCGCCUCGUGCCGCCGGCCCCGCCCCGACCACUUCAACCCCAUCCUCCUCAUCGGCUUCUUCUACAGAUACCUCCUCAUCGCGGGAAUGCAGUACGUGCCGGGGCCGUUCGAGAACGUGCUCGCCAUGGACUUCGCCGACACGCCGUGGUACAAGCGGGACAAGCACAGCAACCCGCACUACACGUCGGUCGGCUUCUUCGAACCACGACGAGCCGCUCUCGUCGCGCGACGGGUUCCUACUCCUCGCCGGAAGCGGGAGCGUGGUGACGAACCUCUGCCUGUGCAACCCCCUGGCCAGGACCUGCGAGUUCAUCCCCGCCGCCGCGACGAUUACUGCCCAUCCACCGGCGGCGGCGACGCCGGCGAUCACUCGGCGGUGGUAUUCUGGAUACUCGCCGUGAAGCGCGAACACGACGUCGAGCGCGGCGUCGUCUACCAGAUCUUCUCCGCCGCUUCCGGCGAGUGGGGGCGGGUCGUCAAACGCUCGGCGAGAUUCGAGGAGGGACUGACCCAUGCGAGCAUUUGCGGCGAGCCCAGUGACAUGGUCGUCUGCCGAGGCUGCGUCUACUGGCUCGUCAAGCUAACCGCCGAUGACCUGCGCAGGUGCGUGUUCGCCGUCGACGUGCAAACCGAGCGGACUUGGAGAAUGGAGCUGCCGGAGGAAACUUGGUGCUGGCCAGCGGCACCUGUUACUACUACUACAGGCUCGUCCUGGCGACAUCGGGGGACGGCCGGCUGUCGUUGAUCUUGCAGCGGGGGCACCAUCAGAUCGAGGUGUGGGUGCUCGUCGGGGACGGCCAGUGGACCAUGCGGCGGGCGAUCGAUCUGUACGGCUUCUUCCCGAGAGAGGGGAGGGUCUGGUUCAUGAUAAGGGGCUUCUGCCCGAGGAGCGGCUGCUUGUUUGGCGACGUCGACCACCAGAAGGAGCUCCUCAUCGACGUCGACAAGGGCUCACUCCGUCCAACCGGGAGAAUCGACGUCGGCAGUGUAACGAGGUACCCGUACGAGAUGGAUUGGUCAACGUACUUGUCUAAGAUGAAAUACUUCUAGCAUCAGUGGA